UUUUCUGAAGAAAAAAAAAAACAUUUUCAUCAUCUUCUUCUUCUUUUUCAUCAAUCAUCACCAGUGGUUCUUUUCCUUCUGAGAAGAUCGAAUUGUGUUUUGCAAAAAUGGGAGUUCCAGAGAAAGACCCUCUUUCCCAAUUGAGUUUGCCUCCUGGUUUUCGGUUUUACCCCACCGACGAGGAGCUUCUCGUUCAGUAUCUGUGCCGCAAGGUCGCUGGCCACCAUUUCUCUCUUCCAAUCAUUGCCGAAAUUGACUUGUACAAGUUCGACCCAUGGGUUCUUCCAAGUAAAGCGAUUUUCGGUGAAAAAGAGUGGUACUUUUUCAGCCCCAGAGACAGGAAAUACCCGAACGGGUCUCGACCCAACAGAGUAGCUGGGUCGGGUUAUUGGAAAGCCACCGGAACCGACAAGAUCAUCACCACCGAAGGUAGAAAAGUUGGCAUAAAAAAAGCCCUCGUUUUCUACGUUGGCAAAGCCCCCAAAGGCACCAAAACCAAUUGGAUCAUGCACGAGUAUCGCCUCCUCGACUCUUCCCGAAAGAACACUGGCACCAAGCUUGAUGAUUGGGUUCUGUGUCGUAUAUACAAGAAGAACUCGAGUGCACAGAAGACGGCGCAAAACGGCGUCGUUCCGAGCAACGAGCACACUCAAUACAGCAACGGUUCCUCUUCUUCUUCUUCGUCCCAGCUGGAGGACGUUCUGGAAUCUCUGCCAUCGAUUGAUGAAAGGUGUUUCGCGAUGCCACGCGUCAACACGCUGCAACAACAACAGCACCACGAGGAGAAGGUCAAUGUUCAGAACUUGGGUGCAGGGGGUUUAAUGGAUUGGACCAACCCUUCGGUUCUGAAUUCGGUCGCCGAUUUCGCCUCGGGGAAUAAUCAAGUGGUGCAGGACCAGACUCAGGGGAUGGUGAACUACAACUGCAAUGACCUUUAUGUCCCUACGUUAUGCCACUUGGACUCAUCGGUUCCGUUAAAGAUGGAGGAAGAGGUGCAAAGCGGCGUGAGAAACCAACGGGUCGGGAAUAAUAAUUCGUGGUUUCUUCAGAAUGAUUUCACACAGGGGUUUCAGAAUUCGGUUGACACGUGUGGGUUUAAAUACCCGGUUCAGCCGGUCGGGUUCGGGUUCAGAAAUUGAACCGGUUGAUGGAUUAAUAAUAGUAAUGUUUAAAUCGGGUUUAUUUGGUGUAAAUAGGUGGGGAUUCUUUGGGCUUAACUCGUGGGGGUUUUAGAUUCCUUUUUAGAAAAGGGAAGAAGAAGGUGCAAAUUUUGGUCCUCAUUUUCGGCUAAAGAUGGAGGGUAUACUACAAACGUUCAAUGAAUCAAUCCACGAGAUAAAGCAAUGAUGGAACCAUUUAAUUUGUUAGGACGUAGUUUUCGGCCAUACAAGCCCUUACUUAGCCACAUGAAUCACAUUUGUACUUAAAAUGAAGAACUAGAAAAUUGUUUGCUAUAUGCUAGGUUUCGUUAAUUAAUUAAUUCCAAUCUUGUUAUUA